AGUGACGCAGGCAGAGAAAGAAGCAACGCAGCAGCAGCAUCCACCAUCGGUUCACCAUCCAUCUGACAUCCUUCUGUCUAUUCUUCUCUCUGAGUCACAGCGGAAAACAAGGGUCUGAUAAAUAGAGGAAGACGCGAUCGGAUUUUGCGGCUUGUUAUCAGGCCAAAUUCAUAUUUAGGAAAAUGACUAAAGAGGACACCGCCGAUGUAGAGGAGGCCCAACCCACCUCAGAGUUUACCAGUCCUAAACAUGAAGCUCGCAAGAAACCCAUCGUCCACCCAUCUGCCCAGGCCCCACUCCCCAAAGACUACGCCUUCACAUUCUUUGAUCCAAAUGACCCAGCCUGUUUGGAGAUUCUGAUGGAUCCCUGCACCACCAUUCCUGAGCUGUUUGCUAUUAUCCGUCAAUGGGUCCCGCAAGUGCAGCACAAGAUUGACAUAAUUGGUGAAGAGAUUUUAAAGCGCGGAUGUCAUGUUAAUGACCGCGAUGGACUGACAGACAUGACUCUACUACACUACAGCUGCAAAGCAGGAGCUCAUGGAGUGGGAGACCCCGAGGCAGCUCUCAGACUGACCAAUCAGCUAAUUGCUCUGGGUGCAGAUGUCAGCCUUCGCAGUCGUUGGACUAACAUGAAUGCACUCCACUAUGCUGCUUACUUCGAUGUUCCUGAGCUGAUCCGGGUUCUCCUGAAAGCUUCUAAACCUAAAGUACUCAACUCUACUUGCAGUGACUUUUACUAUGGCACUGCCCUGCACAUUGCUGCCUCCAACCUCUGCUUGGGAGCUGUCAAGUGUCUUCUGGAGCAUGGAGCCAACCCUUCUGUCAGAAAUGAUAAAGGGCAAGUUCCUGCUGAUGUGGUUCCUGAUCCCAUGGACAUGAGUCUGGAUAAAGCAGAAGCAGCUAUGGUGGCUAAAGAGCUCAAGCAACUACUGUUAGAUGCUUUGCCUCUCAGCUGUAAUCUACCCCGUGUCACACUGCCCAACUAUGACAACAUUCCUGGCAACCUCAUGCUGUCUUCUCUUGGCCUAAAAUUGGGUGACAGAGUGGUUCUGGAUGACAUGAAGAUGGGCACGCUUCGUUUCUGUGGAACCACAGAGUUCGCAAGUGGUCAGUGGGUUGGCAUUGAGCUGGACGAGCCAGAGGGCAAGAAUGAUGGAAGUGUGGGUGGAGUCCGCUACUUCAUCUGUCCUCCCAAACUGGGAAUCUUUGCGCCUGUAUCCAAAAUAAAAAAAGCAGUGGAUCAAGCUCCUUCCUCCGUUACCUCCACUCCCAAAACCCCCCGCAUGGACUUUUCCCGUGUCACUGGCAAAAUCAAGAAAGAGAAAAAAGAAAAAGAUCGUGAAAAGUCUUUAAGGAAGAAAUCUCUGUCAGUGGCCAGUCUGGAUCCUGAUGGGGUCAAGAUUGAAGUGGGAGACCAAGUUCUGGUUGCUGGACAGAAACAAGGAAUUGUGCGUUUUUAUGGCAAAACAGACUUUGCACCAGGCUUUUGGUUUGGUGUAGAAUUGGAGCAGCCCACUGGAAAACAUGAUGGCUCUGUGUUCGGAGUUCGCUACUUCAGCUGCCUGCCCAAAUAUGGAGUGUUUGCACCACCUUCACGUGUUCAGAGAAUUGGAGGGCCAAAAGAAUCCCAGGGUGAUGGGAAGCUGGUGAAGAAAGUUCACCAGGUGACUAUGUCGCAGCCAAAACGUAACUUCAGUGCGAUGAGGUCUCCCAAAGACAUCACAUCUGAGAACUCCAUAUCUAGCAGGUUGCUGUUCUGUUGCUGGUUCCCCUGGAUGUUACGUGCUGAGAUGCAAUCCUAAAUUCCCUACUUAUUACUCCCACCAUCUUUCUGUUCCUUUUUAAUCAAUACAGUUCCCCUCUCACUGUUCAACCAUUUACAUUUAUUAAUUUGUAAAAAAAGCAACAUACAAAUGAGACACAGUGUUAUCCUAACAUGGAGCUAAGGUUUAAAGAUUUCGCUCAAGGGUCCAUCAAAUCAUUGGCAGUUAAACUCCUGAUCUUCCUAUAACUAGCUCAAAAUCUUAAAGCACUGAGCUAGCACUGCCUGAGCACACAUGCAUCAUUAACUUGAGCUUUUCUCUAGGAAUCAUGCAGACUAUAAGAGGCACAAAUGUGCAAGGUCUCUUUCCCAGCCUUUCCCUAUGACUGCAGUUCAAUAGCAAAAACUAGUGCCUUGUAAAGAAACAGUGUCCUGCAUUCCAUUUGUUAAAUGAUCAGUCAAAAAUUACAUAUCUUAAAUUGUGAAUUAGGGAAAAGUAACUCUAACAAAAGCCAUUUAUCAGUACACAAAGAAUGUAGGUAAUUUUAUGUUGGCGAAAAUCACCCUAAAAUGAAGACCACAAAAACUUACACACAGAUAUAUUUGUGGGCUUUGGUUGUGUCUUUUUGUUUUAAAAAGCUAAUUUAAGGUUAAAGCAAGUUUAGGUUAAACACAUGCCCUGGCCUAAAAUUCAUAAUGGUUGCUGUUGCUUCAUUGUGCACGGUUAGAAUUUUAAUGUUCAGUAGAAAACUAAGCUUUUAAAUGCCUUCUCAUUAGUUUGAUUUGUAUUCAUAGUUUGUAAAUGUAUAAUUAAUGUAAAACCAAGAGGUGUUUAAUUUACACAUACAACAGCAUAAAGCAACAGCAAAUUGUCCAAAGCUACAGGAGACAGAAUUUAUUGUUAUUGGAAUUGCUGUCCCCAACGCAAUUAUGCAUUAUAUUCGUAUUGAUGUGCUCUGCAUGAAAAUAAGCAGAUAUUCAUAAAGGGCAACUAAUAACUCUGUUAUUAACAAUUGUACACACUACCACACUACACUACAUACUCUAGUUGGUUGAUUAAUAAACUUGUAUAAUUCUGUAAUUUUCUACGUAAAUCAAAAGAAUAGGACACAUACUCCUCUAGUAUAAUAACCUGUGCUAAAGAAUAAAUGUUCAAUUAAUUAACUAAUCCAUUAGAUUAUAUAAUGCAGUACAAUAAAAACAGAUUUACCUAUGAGUUUUAAAAAGACUUAAUUUUGUGAGUCAAUGAUCAAGUAAUACCCAAAUAUUCUACAAUAAAUAGUUGUAAAUAAUUUUGUGAAACAUCUCUCUAUAGAUAUCUCAUUUCAGUUUUAAUGGAUCUUAUAAAUGCUCCAUUUCAGCACUUCUAAUAGUGAGGAAAGUGUGUAAAUAUAUUUGUCAACAAGUGCUUAGUAAAAAAAACAGCAAUAGUUAAUCUCUGUCCUCUUUCUCUUUGAAUAUGGCUGACAUAUUAGUGUAUGUAAGCACAGCAUGACUGAGAGCUCCAGUCUCUCAACACUCAGCCCUUAACUAAUUGAACUGCUUUGGAUCAUCUCCGUUAUGUUCAUCACAAACAGAUUUAUGAGGAAUUGACUCAUCACUGGUCUACAGGGUUUGGGAAACAGUGGGGGAGGGGGGCAAUUUGAUAAACAAAACUGCAAAAAAAGUCAAAUACAACACUGCUUAACAGAUCUAGGUCUUUCUUUUUUCCUGUAGUGUUGACUUACUCAUGUACUAUUGAAUUUGUGUAGUGCAAACAUUGUCUCUGUAGUGAUAUGAGACCUAGUGAAAGGCAUUUAAGAUUGAGUGCAAAGCAUCCUACAGUAUAACCAGUAGUAAACACAAUCACUGCAAUGUGGCGAUUUGUGACAAGUGUAUUGUUUUAGGGUGACUUUUUAAGCUAUACAUACUUCAGUAAAAACUACUAUACAUGUUCCAACAAAAUACUAUUACUUUACUUUUUUAAAUAAACAUUUUAAAUAAUUCAUUUGCAAAAGAAAUAAUGGGUAGAUAUUUUAACUGAAGUUUAGAGUGUAUGAAAUAUCUGUUUCAUUCCUUGUUCGGUCAAGAGAUGGAAAAAAAUAUAUAUGUCUAAUGCAUUUUGUUAAUCUACCCAGUCAUAUAGGCUACUUAAUAUGAUUAAUUUGUAAACAUUUAUUUGUCCAAGAAGAUAUAUUUUGAUAAUUUCACUAUGUAUUUUUAAUGUGCAUCAGUUGGGCAACCUGGUGACAGUAUCCAUGUUUAUGUGUUCAUGUGAACUAUUUAAAACAAGAAAUAUUUGUGAUGAUUGUUAUGCUUAGAGUGAGCUCUGGGUUUGCUUACUAGGCUACUGCAUGCAGUUAUUAUGAAUUUGUGGUUUCUUUUUUCUUUCGUAGCAAUGUAUUAGCAUGUUAAUAACAUCAAGUGGGAAUUUUCCCACUCUGGAUGUACCAUUAAUAGAUAUGCCAUAAAUAAACAUUUGGUGUUUCCUA